CCUGCGGGGACCGCAGGGGAGGGGACAGCCCUGCCCGGCUUCUGCCGCUGCCAGCCCGGCUUGGUGACCUGCUCUGCCUGCGAAGGUCACCGCCCUGCCCCGUGUCUGGCCCGUUUUACAUUGAUGGCAUUGCCAGACUCGAUCACUACUUGCCUUUCUCAACCUGUGCAUUAUGUGAUUUGCAAACUUGGAUUUGAGAAGAAAGACACCUAUGAUAUUAAUAAUAUUUUAUCUGGAAACGGGGAAGUAUGUUGGCAAACUGUUACAGAGCAUGUGUGUUGUCUUGAAUCAGAUCAAAGCGUGGAUUAUAUCAAAAGCAUACGAUCAUUAGGACCUGUCUGUGAAUCUGUUCAUUUGUACUUCAAAUCUCUGACCAAGGAGCAAUUUGUAAUUCAGUAUGCAUCGUGGUUCCACUGGACAAACUGCACAGAGGUAUUUCUUGAAGUAUUUGAUGUUUUACAAUAUACACAAGCUACAGAAGUUGCUCUUGGCUUAAUGAAACUAACAUCGUGCUUGGAGCGAGCCUUGGGUGACGUGUAUUUACUUAAGGGUAAUGAUUGUCCUUUCCUUCUAAGAGACUUGCUUGCAUCUGAACAGCUUGCAGAUGUCUUUGGACAAGCUGUAAUGAAUGUACUGAGGGUAUUCAUUGGAUCUCCACAUGGUCUGAACCUUCGUAAUGUUUUGUGGCAUGGGUUUGCAUCACCACAGGAAAUUCCUGCCAAAUACUGUGCUAUGCUGCUUUUUUUAACUGCAGGAUUGGGUCAGUUGUUACAGACUUAUCUUCUGCAAACUAAAGGUGUUUUAAUACAUCGACCUUAUGUGACCUUCAUUAGCUUAGAGGAACUUGAUGCAUUUCCAGAUCUUAAUGAUGAAAUACUUUCCAUUGCUGAAGAACUUGUAAAACUUUCCAGUUUUGUAUUGAAAACAAUGUUACCAUUUUGGAUUUCUGCUUUAACAGCUUUCAGGCAAAGCAGGUAUGCUGACAGUGUGAUUCUCUUACUUCCUCAGCUGGAAGUUGGACUUAGAUUGCUCUUCACUACGACUAAUAAAUGCCCAAAUCGAUUGCUAACAGCAGAGUCUUCUGCUUUCUACACCACCUUUGAUGAGAUGCUAGCAAAGCAUUUGGAUAAUGAAGAAGUCAACCAGCUACCUGUAGUUCUUGAGGAGCCUGCCAUGGACUUCCUUUGGGAUUUCUUGAACCACCAGGAGGGCCCACGUAUAAGAGAUCGUUUAAGCCAUGGAGAGAUCAAUCUAGAAACUUUUCCCAGGAAAGUAGCUAAUCAGAUAAUUGGAUUUGCUAUUACUAUUCUCUGCAGAUUCUCAGAUGAGGAUAUGCAUUCUUUUAAGGAACACAUGGUCCUAAAACCACUGAUGAACUGUGCAAGUUGCUACCGAUCUCGGUUUCAUCCAAUUUCCCGACUCAAGAAACAGGUGCUGGAAUGUAUGAAGAGCAUCCACUUAUGGCCUGAAUUGCCAAGAGUGCCUGAGGAGCAAGUAGAAAAAAUUAAAGGGUUGGAAGGAAAUGAUGAAGCUAAUACUGUCAUUUUGAUGAUAUCUGAAAUUAUAUCUCAGUUGCAGCAUUAUAUGCCCCAAAAUUUCUGCAGUUCAGAUGAUCCUAUCGAUAGUGUCCUCACAGAGAGGCUGCUGGUGGAACUUUGUGAUACCCGCAUUUGCACGCUGUAUUCCCCACGACCUGUCCUGGAAGUAGUGGUGCUACUCCGCAAAAUAAGCGCGCAGUGCCAUCAAGUGUCCCAACAGGUUACUGCCGGCGCUGGGCUGAGAUACACGCAGUGGGUCAACAAGGCUCUGCGCUCUCGCCAGAGGCACAACUACCGGCGCAUGCUGAACAGCAUUAAAUUUUUGUCACCAGUGUUGCGGCUCAUCUUACUGUUGAUUACUCUGGAACUAGUCAAUGUUCAUUCAGUUUGUAAGAAGAAUCCUUUUGAUUAUCAGCAGUAUCUAAAGUUUUUGAAGUCAGUCUUGCAGUACACUGAGAACUUGGUGACAUACACAAGCCCUGAGAAAAACAAGUGGGAUGAAACCAUGGAGCUUACGAAGAAGACUUUGAUAAAAAUAAAGAAAAUAAGUGACAGAAAGCUGAUGUUAAUGAAUCUAGCUACGUGAACUAAAUGGGCUUAUGAUUUGACAUAGUUAUAUCUAAACAGUUACAGAGACCUCAUAUUUGAUAAAUCUAAUUCAAAGACAAACUUCAUAAAUCAUUAUCAACUUUUGGAUGCAAAAUUUAGUUCUUUUAUCAGAAGGUAGCUGCUGAUACAGGAGAUGAAAGAUAAGCUUCUAGAGAAUGGGUUGUUUGCCAAAUCCAGUGAAAAAGAUUUACUGUGAACUAAAUCAAGAUGAUACAAGUUCUACUGUAAAUAUAUCUUGUGUUUUGUACAUU